AUGCCUCCCCGUAUGCCCGGGAAGCUUUCCCAGCUUCCCCUGACGAACAUCUGGGCAUCUCAAAUCCCGACCUCUUCUUCCGUCCGCAGCAGCCAAUUCUCCAUCACCUCUGUCCGCACCUUCGGUAUCCGGUCCUUGAACCCCCCCGAGGCUUCGCGCUUCAACGUCGGCCAUGACCUGCCCGUGCUGAAAUCGACACCCACCGCCGCCCUCGAGCGCAAGGCAAACACCCUCCCCCUGCGGACCGGUGCCAUCACCUUCAAGAAGGGCAUGACCGCCCUGUAUGACCCGGAGACCGGCAAACGUGUUCCCUGCACCGUGCUGCAGCUCGAUCGAGUCGAGGUUGUAUCGCACAAGACUCGCGAGAAGCAUGGAUACUAUGCUGUUCAGCUGGGUGCUGGAUGGAGGCGUCCUAGUAACCUGACCAAGUCCCUGCUCGGCCAUUUCACUGCCAAUGGCAUCUCGCCUAAGCGUCAUGUCUAUGAGUUCCGGGUUAAGGAUGAGAGCGGGCUUUUGCCUGUUGGUCAGGCGGUCAGUGCGGACUGGUUCCAGGAGGGACAGUUCGUUGAUGCGAGGUCUAAUACGAAGGGUAAGGGCUUUGCGGGUGUUAUGAAGAGACAUGGUUUCGGUGGUCAGGAUCGCAGUCACGGUGUUUCUUUGACGCAUCGUUCGCUUGGUUCCGCUGGUCCUAGUCAAGGUGGUGGUUCUCGUGUUUACCCUGGAAAGAAGAUGGCGGGUAACAUGGGUAAUGAGCAGAACACGGUCCAGAAUCUGAGGAUCCUGAAGGUGGAUGCUGAGAAUGGAAUCGUCGUGGUCAAUGGCUCCGUCAGUGGUCCCAAGGGCUGCGUUGUCCGGAUACAGGAUGCCAUCAAGAAGCCGUGGCCGGAAGCUUCCCCCGCGACUGCUGAGGCUUCUGAAUAA